UGAUACUCGCAGCAACACUAUGACUUGAAUAAUGAAUGAAUACUCUUGAGCUGUUGAUGGUGGUCACACUACUUGUUGACGGAUUGGUAUGAUAUAGAUGAUAAGAUAAAGCUCUCUUAUCGAUAAGCAUGCCGAUCAUGUGUCAUCACGUGCGGGGAAACUGUCACCUCCGCAACUUAGAUAGCAUCAACAAUCGCUUGGUGCAUCUCCAUGAGCUCUAUUUCUUCACCCGAGGACAAUUGCUAAAGGUCAUCUUCAACGCUACAAGUGAGAAACGAUACAGCUGUCUGGUGGUCUUUCUUUGGUGAUCCCAUCUCGGAUUCCGGGGUUCGGUUGUCUAUCGACUUGUCCACUGCGUUUCUUUCAGCAUAUCAACUCUCAAGCUACCUACACUUAUUGAAUAGCUUUUCAACCCAUCAGAAGCAUCAAACUCCUUACACAAUGUCACCUCCCCUUGUACCCCUAGCAGAGAUCCCAACUGUCUCGUUGUUGUACAAACUGGGCCGUCUAGUCCCAACCUCUGCACCACUUGCCAAGCCGUCAAACUCAUUCAAUAAUAUCAUCUCACUCAUUCGAAACGACAUCACUAAAUUGGAGAACGUCGAUUGCAUUGUCAAUGCAGCCAAUGAAUCGCUCCUUGGAGGGGGCGGUGUGGACGGAGCUAUCCACCGCGCUGCCGGACCAGACCUCCUGAGGGAAUGUCGGACCUUGAAGGGCUGCAGGACUGGCGAUGCCAAAAUAACAUCUGCAUAUGACCUUCCAUGCAAGAAAGUUAUUCAUACCGUUGGACCAAUCUACCAUUUUGAAUUGCCAAAGGGCGACGACAGACCUGAGAUAUUGCUGCGGAGCUGCUACCGUCGAAGCUUGGAGCUAGCUGUCGAAAACGACAUGAAGAGCAUUGCUUUUGCUGCGAUAAGCACCGGCGUCUAUGGAUAUCCGAGCAACGAGGCUGCCUUUGCGGCUCUGGAUGAGGUUCGGAAGUUUCUGGAGGGUCCUGGCAAUAUCGAGAAGCUGGAAAGGAUCAUUUUCUGCAACUUUGAGCGAAAGGAUGAAGUGGCCUAUGAGCAAGCCAUCCCCUUGAUCUUUCCACCUGUUGAGCAAGACCUUCCUCGCCAUAAUACCCAUUCCGAAGUCCCGACAAAGACGACCGCUGAAUCUUCGCCAACACCAGAGCUACUCGCAGCCAAACUUCCCGACCCACCCACUGCAGACCCUGCCCUGGAAGGCCAACCUGAAAAUAAAAAGCAAAAGCUUAAUGCGGACGACAUCAGACCAAGCGCCGACGCUAAGACUGAAGGCGUUCAGCCCAAGGUUGACGAUAAGAGUGAGGAUGAUUGGGAGGAAGUCGACAAGCCAGAGGGCGGACAAGCGGAAAGGCUUGAUGACGAACCUGUCGAGAUCGAAAGGGCUCCUUCUGCAGCAGACGUACAGAGUGUCAAGUCCAGUGGUAUCAUCGAGGAGGAUGCCUCUCACCCGGUGGAAAACUAUCUAGCAAAGGACUGGUAGUCUGCACGUGGUAGGUUGACAGAAAGGAAGCUCAGGGCUACUUAAUACGACUUAAUGCAGCUACGAUAAUCUGAAUUGGACAUGAUGGCGUUGCAUGUAUUUCUGGCACGGAUGGAUGGCGUUUCUUAUUCCUAGUUAAUUGAUUCAUCAAAACUUUG